GAUCAGUGCUGUGAGGAAGGCGGAUCCUCUGACGUCGUCGCCAAGCUGCUCGGCUGCGUCAGAGUCCAUGCGAGCGAAGGAAGAAGGAAAGACGGAAUAAAAAAAUCCAAAAAAAACGGACGGAAAAGGCCGAGUAGAGCGGACCGAGGCUGCCACGGACACCAACCUGCGGUCUGCACAGCCGGACAGACAUGGAGGGCUACACGGAGGAAGAAUACAAAGAUAAAUUAUUAUGGAGCGUCAAACGAGAGGUAAAGCAGAUUAUGGAGGAAGCAGUGACUAAGAAAUUUGUCCAUGAAGACAGCAGCCACAUCAUUGCUCUAUGUACUGCUAUCGAGGCCUGUCUGGGUCACCUGCUCAAGAGACGGGCAGCUGGUUUUCUCCGUAGUGACAAGAUUGCUGCCCUCUUCACCAAAGUCGGCAAAGUCUACGACACCGCUGGCGAGAUUUGCCGUAAAGUGCAAGAACAGCUCCAGCAGCAUGCUGAUCUCACCAGGAGAACUCAGAGCCUGGGACAUGAGCCUCUGAGGAGACAGGGCUCAUCCACCACCAGCCGCCCCCCUCAACCCCUCUCUGCUCAGGCCAUCAAACACAUCUGGGUCCGAACAGCUAUCUUUGAGAAAGUUCUGGACAAGAUAGUGCAGUACAUUGUGGACAACUCCAGUAAAUACUACGAGAGAGAAGCUCUAAUGCAUGACUCAGUCUUCGGGCCCAUCUUGGCAGCCCUGCUGGUGGGGCCCUGUGCUCUGGAGUACACCAAGCUGAAGACAUCGGAUCAUUUAUGGACCGACCCCUCAGCCAAUGAGCUAGUCCAGCGCCACCGCAUCCAUGGGGCCCACCGGAGUCAGGACACCGCGGCAAGCCGUCGACCUGCACUUGGAAUCCGCAAGAGGCAGUCCAGUGGCAGCAUGUCAGAGGACAAGUUUGCUGCAUCAGCGAGAGAGUAUGUUGAGUCGCUUCACCAAAACUCAAGAACACACCUUCUCUACGGCAAAAACAACGUCCUGGUGCAACCGAAGAAGGAGAUGGAGGUGUUGCGGGGCUACUUGUCUCUCCACCAGGCUGGGGAUAACCUCACUUUGAAGUGGACCCCCAACCAGCUCAUCAAUGGCACAUUGGGAGACUGUGACCUGGAGAAAAGUAUCUACUGGGACUACGCACUGACUGUUCCUCUGCGCCAGAUUGUCUGUAUCCACUGCCAUCAGCGCUCGGAUUAUGGUGGUACACUAGUUCUGGUAAGUCAGGAUGGGAUCCAGAGGCCGCCUCUUCACUUCCCCCCUGGUGGUCACCUCCUGGCUUUCCUCUCUUGUCUGGAAACAGGCCUCUUACCGCGUGGUCAGCUGGAGCCCCCCCUCUGGUCCAAGAAAGGCAAGGGAAAAGUGUUCCCAAAACUGAGGAAGAGGAGCAGUGCUGCCCGAUUCAUUGACCACGACAGGAAUGGUGAGGAGCAGACAGCUGCUGACUAUGUGUUUCGCAUUGUCUACCCAGGAUACCACUACGACGCCAUCACUAUAAAUUACCACCACACCACGGGCAGCCGCGCUCCGUCGCUGGACGAUGACGAGGAAGAAGAAGAUAGGCUCCAUGCUAUGAUCUCAAUGAUCUGCUCGCGGAACCUCACAGACCCUAAUGUCAUGAAAGACCAUGGGGAAAUGAUGGAGAUGCAGGGUUUUGGCGGAAGCCCGUCGUCAUGGCAACAGGCCGAAGUAAUCGCUCAUGAGUCCCUGUGCCAGUCCUGCUUCACCGCUGGUAGCAAUGUGUCAUUCGACUACCCGGCUGGCUGUACCUGCAUACACGAACCAUCAGACAUUCACACUAUUCCUCUAAAGAUGCUCUGCCAGAACAUGAAGAGGCAGAUAGUCUCCAGAGCCUUUUAUGGAUGGCUGGCCUACUGUCGACACCUGUCCACUGUGCGAACUCAUCUGUCAGCUCUGGUCAACCACAACAUUGUCCCUCCAGACAGACCAUGUGAGGCAUCCGGGGGCCUCAGCAAAGAGGUGUGGAGCAAGUACCAGAAAGACUGCAAGAACUAUAAGGAACUGGAGCUGCUGAGGCUGGUUUACUAUGGUGGAGUGCAACAUGACAUUAGGAAGGAGGUCUGGCCUUUCCUGCUGGGACACUACAAAUUCGGCAUGGGCAAAAAGGACAUGGGACAGAUUGAUGCAAAGAUCAGUGGGCGUUACCAGCAGGUAAUGCAGGAGUGGAAGGCUUGUGAGGUGAUUGUUAAGCAGAGGGAGAAGGAGAUGCAGUCGGCCAUCUUUGCCAAGCUGUCUUCAGGCAGCAGCAUUGACAGUCAUGUCCUACGACUGGUUCACAGAGACUCCACACUCAGUAAUGAGGUGUUCAUGUCAGUGGAUGAGCCAGACGCAGGCAGCCAGGAGAUCCCCAGUGGAGAGGACAGUACUCCCACCACGACCACCUUGGUCCCUCCUGCCGCCCUCCCCCCAGAGGAGCGUCCUAUAGUAGAGUUUGACUCUCCAGACUCGGGUCUCCCCUCCUCCAGAAACUACUCAGUGACCUCUGCUCAUUCCCAGGUCCUGUCAAGCAUAGACGACGGUCAGAGCACGGAGGAGGAAGGGGGGGGUGGGGAUGAGGGCAGGACUCCAGGUGGGCUGGGGCGGCGUGAGGACUCUCUGACCGAGGACAGGCUGUGUUGCCAAUUGGACAAACUGGUGACCAAUGGAGCAUCUGCUGAGGGGAUAUCACCAUCACUGUCGUCAUAUACAAUUGAGCUUUUGGACAUAGUCGCCCUGAACCUCCACAGGAUAGACAAAGAUGUACAACGCUGUGACCGAAACUACUAUUACUUCACUACAGCCAACCUGGAGAAACUACGCAACAUCAUGUGCAGUUAUGUGUGGGAACAUUUGGAGAUGGGCUACGUUCAGGGUAUGUGUGACCUGCUCGCUCCACUAAUGGUCAUCCUUGAUGAUGAGAGCCUGGCGUACAGCUGUUUCACUCAGCUAAUGAAGAGGAUGAGUCAGAACUUCCCUAAUGGUGGAGCCAUGGACACACAUUUUGCCAACAUGAGGUCACUGAUCCAGAUCCUGGACUCUGAGCUGUUUGAACUGUUUCACCAAAAUGGAGAUUAUACUCACUUCUACUUUUGUUACCGCUGGUUCCUGCUGGACUUCAAGAGAGAGCUCCUGUACGAGAAUGUGUUUGCAGUGUGGGAGGUGAUCUGGGUGGCUCCCAGAAUUUCUUCGCAACACUUCGUCCUCUUCCUGGCCUUGGCACUGGUCACAGUUUACCGUGAGAUCAUCAUGGACAACAACAUGGACUUCACUGACAUUAUCAAGUUCUUCAAUGAGAUGGCUGAGCGUCAUGAUGUCCAACACAUCUUGAAGAUAGCACGUGAGCUUGUCCACAAAGUUCAGUCUCUGAUGGACAACAAGUGAUCGAAGAGCAAGAGGAGGAGGGGAAAUAGGAUAAUGCAGAGGGAGAAAAUGUUUUCUCCCCCAGAGUGACUUCCACAGCUCCGUUGAUCCAGAGAAGGUCAAUAGGGCUCAGGUCUUCUCCCUGUCCAAUGGAAGGUCCUGGGAGUGGGGCCGCGGUGCUGCUGGAACAGACUGGCUCUGGAGCUUGGCCUGGAUCUGCUUACAUUUACCUUCACAUGGAAUGCUCAUGGUGUCCGUUCAGACAUGUGGAUUGGUGUGCAUGCUUGUAAGUUUGAUCACACUGUAAGCACAUUCUUGAGUCUCCCCAGUCUUGCAGUUUGUGUGUGUGCAUGAAAACACACAAUACACAUACACACAAAUACAAACACACACAUGCACACUCAAUAUUAGUCAUUAAUCAUUACUUCGAUUUCUAGAGUUUCACCCUUUUCCUCAACUCUGAAACAAAAUAUAUUGGAUAGAGGCUGAAUCGUUCUGUGUUUUUGGAUGUGUUCCUCCAGCAGAGGCCAGUAAUGUUCAGGAUUUACACAGAGGAGCAGAGGACUAAGCCACGUAGAAGUUUUCAUUAGUGACCAAAUGGACUGUGCCAACUACCUUUUCAUGAGUGUUUUCUACAACUAGCAUGUGUGUUUUUACCCUAACCCAAUCCCUGUUUUUCUUUUUGUCAAGGACUUUAUUAUCACACAAAUGUUGCCUUUAUCAGUAAAAGUCCAAGGUACUUGUUGCACUUUUUGUGAGGGUUUCCUUCCUGGCACCUGUGAAGGCCUCUUCACAGUCUGAGGAGGCUGGAGGUGCCACAAGAUGCCAAAUUGUUGAGAAACUCAGGAUGAUAUGCACCCCACUUUUCUGAGCAUGUCAGUCAGUGGUCAGAGCAUGUUUAAUCCUCGUUCCAAGAUGGAAAACCAAACCAACAGUAGAGCACAACAUGUACCCCAUGAUUUUAAUUACGGCUCUAACAACCAUUGAGGCCGGGCCCUUAGGAAUAUCUCUGCAAUUUGGGACAAUGAAUUUGGGAAUUUAGAUGCUUUGAUUAAACACACAUAUUAUACAUUUGGUUUUAUUCAUGCAUUUCAGAAGAAUUACAGUAACUAGUUUUAGCCAAAAUUCUGAUUAAAUUAAGGGAUAACCGUUCCCAAUCAAACAUGCAUCACAUCACACAUAUUUGUAGUAGUGUGGGGAGGGCUUUUAAACAAGAUUUAGACCAUACACAUACAACAAACACAAUGUAUAGGAUUAAUGAAUAAAUACUAGAUGGAAUUCUGGGAUUGGUUUUUAUUCUCAGCAAUAAUUUAAAUUGUCAGUGUUGCUUAGUGACUAGCCAAAAGUUUCUAAGAUGUGCUUAACUGAACUGAGCUCAGUUACUAAAAUCAGCCUCUGUUUUACUGCUUAAGCUUUCAGAAAACGAUGAUUAAGGAUAUUUGAAAAGAAAAAAAGUGAAUCCAUGAAUUAAGUAUCAUAGGUCGGAGAGUGGUGAAGAGAAGGAGCAAAGAGGCUAUAACAAGAUAACAAACUUGAAUUGAUCAUAUAUAGGGAUGCACCGAUUUAUCGGCCGAACAUCGGUAGCGGCCGAUAUUCGCCUCGUUUACUGAUAUCGGCUUAUCGGUAAUAAACUUGACUUUCACCGAUAUCAUUGGCCGAUGUUCAUAUUUGUGGUAAAACCGCUGGGCACGUGCCGCGGCUGGGGGAGCAGUCCCUCCG